UGCGUGGUGCGGGCCAGCAUGGAGGAGCCGGAGCCCGAGCGCAAGCGGGUUCGCACCGAGGACGGGGCCGUGGCAGGAAGCCGUUCCGAAGCGGAGGACGAGGACGAUGACGACUACGUGCCCUAUGUGCCGCUGCGGCAGCGUCGGCAGCUGCUGCUGCAGAAGCUGCUGCAGCGACGGCGCAAGGGGGCCGCGGAGGAGGAGCAGCAGGACAGCGGCAGCGAGCCCCGGGGCGACGAGGACGACAUCCCGCUGGGUCCCCAGUCCAACGUCAGCCUCCUGGACCAGCACCAGCACCUCAAGGAGAAGGCGGAAGCCCGUAAGGAAUCAGCCAAGGAGAAGCAGCUGAAGGAAGAAGAGAAGAUUCUGGAAAGUGUGGCGGAGGGUCGAGCCUUGAUGUCUGUGAAGGAGAUGGCAAAAGGGAUCACCUACGAUGACCCAAUCAAAACCAGCUGGACCCCGCCCCGAUAUGUGCUGAGCAUGUCUGAGGAGCGACAUGAGCGGGUCCGGAAAAAGUAUCACAUCCUGGUGGAGGGAGAUGGGAUCCCACCCCCUAUCAAGAGCUUCAAAGAGAUGAAGUUUCCUGCAGCCAUCCUGCGAGGCCUAAAGAAGAAAGGGAUUCUCCACCCGACACCCAUUCAAAUCCAGGGCAUCCCCACUAUCCUCUCAGGCCGAGACAUGAUCGGCAUUGCCUUCACCGGCUCCGGUAAGACGCUGGUGUUCACGCUCCCAGUUAUCAUGUUCUGCCUGGAACAGGAGAAGAGGCUGCCCUUCUCCAAGAGGGAGGGGCCCUACGGCCUCAUCAUCUGCCCCUCGAGGGAGCUGGCCCGUCAGACACACGGCAUCCUGGAGUAUUACUGCCGCCUGCUGCAGGAAGACAGCUCCCCACUCUUGCGCUGUGCCCUCUGCAUCGGAGGCAUGUCUGUCAAGGAGCAGAUGGAGACCAUCCGACAUGGCGUUCACAUGAUGGUAGCCACCCCUGGGCGCCUCAUGGACCUCCUGCAGAAGAAGAUGGUGAGCUUGGACAUCUGCCGUUACCUGGCCCUGGAUGAGGCAGACCGCAUGAUCGACAUGGGCUUCGAGGGGGACAUCCGCACCAUCUUCUCCUACUUCAAGGGCCAGAGGCAAACUCUGCUCUUCAGUGCCACAAUGCCAAAAAAGAUACAGAACUUUGCCAAGAGUGCCCUGGUAAAGCCAGUCACAAUCAACGUUGGCCGUGCUGGUGCUGCCAGCCUGGACGUCAUACAGGAAGUGGAAUACGUGAAGGAAGAAGCCAAGAUGGUAUACUUGCUCGAGUGCCUGCAGAAAACGCCCCCACCCGUCCUCAUCUUUGCUGAGAAGAAAGCAGAUGUGGAUGCUAUCCAUGAGUACCUGCUUCUCAAGGGGGUGGAGGCUGUGGCCAUCCAUGGUGGCAAAGACCAGGAAGAGCGUACCAAGGCCAUUGAGGCCUUCCGGGAAGGCAAGAAGGAUGUUCUGGUGGCCACAGAUGUCGCCUCCAAGGGCCUGGACUUCCCUGCCAUCCAGCAUGUCAUCAAUUAUGACAUGCCUGAGGAGAUUGAGAACUAUGUGCACCGGAUUGGCCGCACAGGGCGUUCAGGAAACACGGGCAUUGCUACUACCUUCAUCAACAAGGCCUGCGAUGAGUCAGUGCUGAUGGACCUCAAAGCACUCCUCCUGGAGGCCAGGCAGAAAGUGCCGCCCGUCCUACAAGUGCUGCACUGUGGGGAUGAGUCCAUGCUGGACAUCGGAGGAGAGCGUGGCUGUGCCUUCUGUGGGGGCCUAGGCCAUCGGAUUACUGACUGCCCCAAACUGGAAGCCAUGCAGACUAAGCAAGUGAGCAACAUUGGUCGCAAGGACUACCUGGCGCACAGCUCCAUGGACUUCUGAGCUUCUGGCGCCCUCCACCAGCACUACAUCCCUGCCAGUAUCCAUGGUCCAGCUGGGCUGGGCUGGGCUGGGUUAGGCUAGGCCAGGCCAGGCCAGGCCUGGCUGCCUAGACCCCCCCUCUUCCAUCCUCCAGAAUGACUUUUUUUUUACUCCCCAUGAUUUCCACUGCCAGUAAAGCACGGGCCUCACAGCACUCUCUGCCCCAAUCUGGCCCAAAGUCUCCUUGUCCUCUGCUUUCCAGGUCUGUUACUCCCCUAACCUCCAGAGUACCCCCUGGUGGUGGGGGCAGGUUGCACUCACCACCACUAUAUCCUCACCUGUUGGCUGCUUCUUGUGGUGGAAGGAGCAGCUGCUGCUCUUGGGGUGGAGCAGGGUUGGAGUUGCCCCUCGACAUUCUUCCCUGAGCUACCUGGAUGCAUGACUCUGGGCUGAACUACAGUUCCCUGGGCCCAGUGGAAAUGAGGGUUUCUGGGAGGGGACACUGGUGAUAGCACUUCCAAACUUGCCCCCAUUCCUCUGCCCACAGGAUCCAUUUUCUUCAGUCCAUAGCACCAUGUAUGGUCCCCAAGCCCAUCAGGAAUGAUCUCUGAGCACAGCAGGUGUGGCCCAAAAACAAAACUAAUAGAAGAGUGGCUGAGGAGGACAUAUCCAAUGUCCGAUAGGGCAUGCCCUCUCAACCACCUCCAGGUGGUCCCAUCACACACACACACCAAAUAUAAUACUGUAGGGGGAAAGAUAGUACAAGGGUUAAGGUGGCAUGCUUCCAGCCAAAGUUUAUUCCUGGCAUUAUAUAGGGUCCCCUAAGCUCUACCAGGAGUGAUUGCUGCGCACCACUGGGUGUAGCCCUUCCCCACAAGGAAAAACAAAAUACAUGAAAAAUAAAGGGACAAAAUGGAAGAUGGAAGCAUGCCUGAGCAGGUACAUCAGGUAGAGUGUUUGCCUUGAACACU